CGGCCCGCGCCUGCGUACUUCAACCCAUUUAUAAUUAUUAGUAAAUCGCGACGCGAGCGCACGACUAUCGCGGUCGAGAGCGUUCGGAAAAAGAAAAAUAGUCGGAAUUCAUGAGCUGAAUAUUCGAGUUCCGAGCCCUUCGGAGCACUGGUCGGUGAAACGAGUCGAGUCCCUAUUUCUACGAGUGCUGAUAUGUAACUAACGAAUCGGCUCCUACGUGUUCAGUGUCGGUGUCGUUGUGAGUGCACGGUAUAUUACGUUGACGUGUUUGUUUAUUAUUAAAGAAUAUCAGUGAUAUCAGUGAGUGAAAUUAUUUUUUAUAAUGCCAGAAAGACCGAAACGGCGCAGAAAUAAUAAGAAUAAACGAAAAAAUAAUAAAAAUAAUAAUAAUGACGUGAAUAAAAACAGUAUUGCAUCUAAUGCAGAAUGCAGCGGAUCUAGUACUAGUACGAAUGAAAAUUUAAAAGAAGCUACCGAAAAUAUUAAUCAAAUUAACGUUGACUUUGAUGAGCCAAAUUCAAAAGAUAAAUCCUUGAAUAAUCUUGAAAUUUCUAACGCGGGGCAUGAGGCUAAAAAUGAAGGCUUCGAAGAAUCUUUGAAAAGUAGUGAUAUAGAAACAGGUUUGUCUGAAAAAUACAUCGUUGAAACUCCAGAUCAAAAUUCAAAAUCUAUACCUAAAUUAAAUAAUGCAAAGAAAAGUAAGAGUUGUGACGAUGAUGAUUCUCCUAAAAUUAUUGAAAUCACAGAUGACAGUUCUCAAAUAGAUGACAUCAGCUUGUCUUUAGUUGAUUCUAAUAACGUUAUUGUUACUACUGAAGACCCUGAAGUUGAGUGGGAGAAGGCCGAACUAUUAAAUUUGCCACAAACCGAAAUCAUAAAAGGUAUACUUUCUGAAAGCCAUAAUAUAAGUCUCAAUACAGCACAAUGUGAACAAACUAAAUCUCUCAGUCCAGAAGAAGAAUUAUCUUUACGUCAUUAUCUUCAAACCCUCAAUUUAUCAACAAAUCCAAACGUGAAUAAUGCAGAUAUUAAAUCGGAAAUCGAACAUAUAAUUAACCGUGAAAUCAAAUAUCGCUUGAGGAGAAAAGGAUUGGCCGAAGAAUCAUUUUUUGAGCGUUCCGGACCGUCGAGAUCUUUAGCUGUGAUUGAUGAGGAAGGGAGUGGAGAUUCGUCUAAAACAUCAAGACGUCAUUCAUAUUUGAGUGAUAAAAAGAGCGAUACUGAGGAAUUGGAGGACGAAGUUUUUGAAAGUAAAGAUUCACAAAUAAAAAGGAGAAGAGAUACAAAUUUCCCACACCAGUCAAAUUUAGUUUCACGUCAUGUCAUUCCACAGCAAUGCAUAAAAGUUGAUGCCAAAAUCAUGGAGCCAGAACUAUGUGAAGCUCGUGGAGACUGGAAAAUGGAAACGAUUGAAAAAAUUACAGGAGCAGAGUUGGUUUACUUAACAGACUCAUCAAGUAGUACAAGUUCAAUAUACGAGAUGAGCGAUGAUGCGGAUAAAGGUCAUGAAACUGAUGUUUCUGUUCGUAUGAUAACUCCAACAAUUGAGGUUACUGAUACAGAAUCGCUACUAAAGAACACAUUUUUAUCAAAAGGCACUGAAAAUAAUUAUAAGAAUGUGAUUGACAGCGAUAACAAUAAAACUAAAGUUGAAGAAAGAAAUGUCCAUCAAGAUAGUAAUUUAAUUAUGGAUAAAGAAGAGAUCAUUGAUACCGAGAAAUCCAAAACAGAUAUUCAUGAAAUAAUAGUAUUGAGUACAGAUGAUAUAAAAACAGAUCUGUUUGUUAAAGAUAUUAAUGUAAACGAAAAAAGUACGGAUGCUUUAGAACUCAACAAGAAAAACUCAAAUGAAAUUGAUAAAUAUGAUCUUGAAAUAAAAGUUUUAAAAUGUGAACUCAACGAUGCCAUAAAUAACUUGAUUAAAGAAGUUUCCGACUCAGAAAAUGCUAGUGAUAUUAAUAUGAGUGAUUCUAAAGAAUUGUUCACUAGACAAGACUCUUCAAGUAGCCUCGAUUCCUCACAAUGUACAGCCAAAUAUAAUCCUACAAGUUCAUCCUUAAAUGAUGUUUCUAGUUUUCUGUGUAAUGAAUCACAGGAAGAGAUUAAAGAAGAGAAAAUAGUAAGGAAAACAUUAAGUCAUGUUAAGGAUGUUAUUCAGCAUGUAGAUCAAAAGUUAGUACCAGAUAUAGAGGCGGACUUUGUAACUGAAAAGCCAUCUACGUUACGAGAUAUAUGUUUAAAAAGGAUAUCUUCUUUUCCUUUUGGUGAAAAAGUUUUGGAAGAAUUGGCUAACGUGUCAAAACGUCUGCAGGAUAUAAGUAAGUUGUCAACGAAUAACAAAAAUAUUAAUAUUCAAGAUAUUAACUGUCAGUUCCACAUUAAGGACGAUGUGUUGUCUCAACAAAAGCAAUUACAUAAUAAAGAAAAUAAACAUGCCCCACCCCCCGUACAACCUAGAAAGUCAUCAUUAAAAAAGGCUAAAGAAGAACAAAGCGUUUCAAUACCACCCUUACCGGAAAAGGUUUAUGAAUGUUUAUCUCCUUCACAGAAAAUGUUAAUGGAAAAGACCAAUACUGUUAUAAAUAGAGACGACAUAAUUGCUCCUUCUAAACCAAAAUUUGAACAAACUGAAAGAUCACGAAUUGAUAGAAAAAGGGAAAGUGAUCCUUGUGUGGUACCGAUGAAGUCGGAAACUGGAAGUAGAUUACUAGCGUUACUUCGUAAUACAUCCUCUCCGAAAAAAUUAAGUUUACCCACCUUAAUUGAUGAUACUUACUUUCAAAACCCAAAACCGUCAUCGCCUCGUACCGAUUCUUUCUCUGUACGAAUGUUGCAAGAACUAGAUGCAUCAAACAAUUUCAAAGAAACCAUAAACAAUCAAAAGUAUAUGUCUUCCAUUCCUCCAAUAAAUUUUAAACCUAUUCCGCCACCAAAACCAAGAAAAAUAUACACAUAUGAAAGUGAUUCUGAAUUUCUAAGUGAUAGUUCAUUCAGGUCCAUGCGUAGUGACAAAAAAGUAUUUCAUUACUCUACUGGGAAUUUAAAUGAAGAAAUAGAGAAUGAUAUUUCUUCGAUACAGAAUAUGCAUAGGCAAUGUACAAACUUACGAAAUAAAAAUUCAAACAUUGUGUAUCCACGACGACCUUCGUUACCCAAAGAUUUAUGUGAUCAACAAAUGGAAUACAUACGUCAAAAAGAAAAAGAAGUUGACGCAGAAAUAAAACGGCUUGAACAGGAGCAACUAAAGUCUUCACAGAGACGGGGUCCUAGAGCGCCAAUGAUUUCUGAAAAAGAUAAUAAUUACAGUGGACUUUUUGAGACUGAAAAAUCUUUUAAAAAAGAAAGAAUCUCCAGUCACCCCAAUUCUAAAAAUGUUGAAAACAGAAAGUUACAUUCAUUCUUCAGUAGUAGCGAAGAAGAAUUAUUAAGAGAAAAAAUGUAUACCGAAUAUAUUAAUCAAAUGGCUGAAAGAGAACAGAGAAAACAUCACAGAGUUAUAAAAGUAUCACAGACACCCUCUAGCAGCAAUUUGAUAUCAAAAAGCAUGCCAUCAUUAAAUUAUUUGGAUUCCAAAGUGAAUAAUCGUAUAGAACAGGAAUUUAUAUCGAAGGCAAAGGAAAGGUGGAAUAAAUUAGGUAUAAGAGAUCCAGAAACUGAGGACGAAAGAGAACCUAGAGACGUGUAUAAAGAGCCCAAAGUGAUAGAACAUAAAAUACGAGUGAUUGAAGACGGUCAAGAAAAAGAUGUGCGAAAAUUGCCUAGUCAUAUGCAAGAAUUUGUUAGGUUUACAGUGAGAGAUAAGGAUAAGGACGAAAAUACAGGUAGCACCGAGACCGUGAUGAUUGCUCCUACAUUCAAGGCGCGUUCCUCGUCGCCAGCCAUCUGGCGUCCAGGGGUGACAGUGAGCGAGGAGCCUCCGGCCAGCGCGGGGCCGCCGCCGCCCCCGCCACCUCCCGUGUGGUCACCCAGUUCAACCCCGCAGGCAUCACGCAAGUUCAAACCAGUCCACUUCGAGCAGACCCCGCCGGAGAGAAGGAAGUUCUCGAGUUCUGAUCACAACGGUUGCAACAGUGGCUCCGAGAGCGAGGGUCGUCUUCGUACUUCUCUGAGUGCUCCAGCUGCGGGUCUCAACUCUUUAGGCUCCAACAAUAGACUGCCACGAGCUCAGAACCCUACCGUAACAUUGUUGCAGAAAGCCAGAGAAGGUCAACUCCAACGUAAUAUUCCGCAGGAAAGCGACCCUCGUCUUCCCAGGGACCGACCCUCGCCGCCUAGAGGGGACCCAGUGCAUGCAUUACGUAAGGAGUACGCUAGUGAGAGCGAGGCAGAUAGAAGCGAUCACGAGAGAGGCGGUCAGAAAAUGGCCGACGGGAAGAAGAUAGAUGGAAUAGGACCGAUUACUAAAGACGGGAUGCCGGUAGCUCUCAGAUCUGAAGUAAAAGAUCCAUCGAGGUGGUACAAGAAGAUGUACGACACGAUACAUAAAAACAAAUACGACGAAGAUUAUGUGACAAUUCGAUACAAAAACAAUCGAGGUGAAACUCUCCAAAGACCGAGCAGCAACAGAUCCCAAUACGCUUACUUCGACCCUCGUUCGGGUUAUCUCAGCGAGCCGGAGGGAGGUCGCCCGACUACCGACACACGAAGAAGAACUGCCUCAGUACAAGACGACCGAAAUGAAAUCACCCCUCAUAAGUACAGUACACUCGCCUCUUCGAGGGUACGCCAGGAGGUGUACAAGAAUCAACCAGGAAGGAUAGAGGACUACGUGCCUGGUAAAUCAUCAGUCAUCGAUACAGAGGCCAAGCAGUGGUGGGACGAGGUCAUGGACAUUUUUGACGGGUGGUUAGACGAGAACUCCCCUCUGCCCCCCUACUCUACGUUACUCGCUCGCGCCAUACAGAAGAGUCAAAACGAAUCUAACACGCCAGCACAACCUCAACCAUCCCCCAAAGAUAAGAAAGACCUCACAUCCGCUAUACUAUCCAAAUCUAACAUGGCGAGAGCGCUAAAGGAAUCCGGCUACGAAUCAGAUUCUACAAUAGUAUUCCGACGUCAAGCCGCCCCACUGUCCCCAAGCGAGCGGCGAGCGGCCUAUCGCGAUCUACAAGCCGGGGGUGAACCGCCGCGGGGGGGAUUCCGCUCCCCUGCGCCAAACAGACAAGAAGGCGACACAGCACCAGAGCCUCCUCGCAGAGCAUCACAGAGCUGCUCAGAUUCAGAAUCUCCUAACCGCCGCUACAUUGAGAGCGACGUAAACAUCCAUUACCGCUGUCCGGUGAGACACGACCCUCUGCCGCUAGUCCCAGAACGCGAGCUGGCGAGGCAGCAGGCCGAUCAUAUGAAGAGGUUGUAUAGGGAGCAGCGCAGGAACAAGUACCUACAGGAGAACUCCAUACAUCCGCUCGACAUAGAAGCAUUCGAUGCCUCUAUCAAGGAGCUACAAGAUAUGCAAAAUAGGCGUCAUCAAGACAACUUUAUGCCUUCACAGAAAACUAUAGUCCCACUAAAUAGAUACGACGAAGCAGAAAGGAUAGUCGCUAAAGCGCUCUAUACAUUCAAUGGUCAGACCUCGAGAGAAUUGAGUUUCAGGAAAGGAGAUAUUAUAAAUGUUAGACGACAAAUAGAUUCUAAUUGGUACGAAGGAGAGGUGCACGGAAAAGUCGGAUUAUUCCCAUACAAUUACGUAGAAUUAAUGAAAGGGGAUGGGGUUCAAACUUUGAAGAAGACGGCGAUAGUCGAGGGUCGAGCCAAAGCAAAGUUCGAUUUCACCGCCCAGACCAACCUCGAGCUGCCGCUGAAGAAGGGCGAGGUCGUGGUGCUGACGAGACGGAUCGAUCAUAACUGGUGGGAAGGAAGAACUGGCAAUAAGACCGGCAUCUUCCCUGACAGCUACGUCACAAUACUACAAGAACCGAGUCAAAGUAGACAGGAGCCGGAAAAGCCAGUCGGUACUCCAGCGGCCCAUGGCCUCAUGAACGGUGACAGACCCACGUCACAUCGCUACACUCCUCAACAUAACAGUCCAGCUCUCUCUAACGCACCUCCCGCCACAGCGCCGCUACCAUCGCAAGGCUACAUUCGCAAGUCUUCAUCUACCCGCAGUGCUGACCUUAACAACACAGAGCCUCUUUACGUUGACACCAACGCUGAAGCUGUUCCUUACCGCGCCAUGUACAAGUAUCGUCCCCAAAACCCUGACGAGCUGGAGUUGUUGGAGGGGGAGACGGUGUACGUCCUCGAGAAGUGUGAUGAUGGAUGGUAUGUCGGCUCCAGCCAGAGAACCGGCCGGUUCGGUACCUUCCCCGGCAACUACGUAGAGCGUAUAUGAUAGCGCCAAACCCUGCUGCGGCGCCUGCGACGAGCGGCGCUCUGCACGCGACGCACACGAUGAAGCUCUAUCCCGCUCGCACGCUGCGCGACAGAGCGAGAUAGAAAUAAAGCUUCGAUAUAUCUAAUAUAGAAAUUAAACUAGAUAGUAGCUAAUUGGUCGAUUGUAAUCAACGAUCGUUUUGAAUUGUGUACUAAUUUUUACGUUUACCGUUAUAUAAACCAUGACUUUUGUAUCCUUUUGUAAAUCUAACCGUACGCGUGAUCGUGUACGAGUUGUUUCUAUUAAUUUCGAGUCUUCUCUCACAUAUCACUUCAUGUUUCCGAAACCAUCCCAAAGUCGUUUAGAAAUCCCAAAGAGUACGUUAACUGAAUAUUUAUGGUGUUGUAUAAUUGUAUAAACAUUAACGUGUAAAGCCGUUUACUAGUUAUAGUUAUUUAUUGAAUGUGUAGUUGGGGAUGGACGCUCGCCUUUUAAAAGUCAUUUUAAAAGUUCGAAGCCGAACGCGUGUUCAUUUACACUUGAUACUAAUAUAUCUUAUUAAUAUCACUACUACUAUAAUAUAAAUCGUAUAUAUUAUAAACAGUUCGAGCAAAAGUCAAACUUUGAAUUGGGAACUGUUUAUAGACAAAGUUUGUAUGUUUUGUGUUGGCAGCACUGAAUCGCUAACAUGAGUUACCGGUGUACAAAAUAAAAUACUCACAUAUAUAAAUAGGGCGAGUACGACGAUGGACAAUACUUUUGUAUGCUUAAAAUUAGAUAUAAUUAAUAAUUAUACACGUAAAUGUUUGGCUUGGCGUCUAGUCAAUGAAGUACAGAAUUAUUUAUGCGGUUUAUUUGUUACGACCUUUUUUGUAAUUAGCUUACCAAAGUGACAAUUCUCGCCCUAUAUCGCUUGGGACGUCGUCCUUUUAACAUUGUUGUAGUUUUGUUAAUUUAUUUUUAGAGCACAAACUUUUAUUUGUUGUUGACACCUCGACUUGCGAUGUAACGUUUACUGCUAUUGUUCAAUGUCAUCACAUCUAAUAAUAAAAACUUUUUAUUAAAAAAACAA